CGAAUAUGCAUGUGCAGAAAAAAUGUUAAAUAAAAAUUAUACAAUUUCAUCCAAUGAUCCUGAAAAUGAAAAUGUAUAUUAGUCAGCGUUCCACCAUCAUUUACAAGACCAGUUGUCUAUGACCUUUUCUCAAUAUGCGUUCUUGUCUCUGCAUGUGUUCUCGUGGACUCGUAAAACGUGUAGUUGCUGACAGUAGUAUUGUUUCAGUCAUGAAAGCCUGUGCCUCCGCUCCAGUAGGGGCAGCAGCGCUCUAUCACAUAGUAUAAGCGAAUAAUACACGUGGGCGUGGCUUGAACUGACGCCACAGCGCCACUUUUGAGCGCUCCUCACGUCACCAACAAACAAUAACAGAAGUUGUCAAACUGUGGCGACCACAACCGAGAUAACACAGCAACUAACCAUACAGCCUUCAGGCAUAUGUGCAAGGUCUAAGAUGGUUCAGGAUAGUGUUCACAUUCGGCGGCGGGGCGCCCAGGACUUCAUGGCAUUCUAUGACCAUGCCUGUGCAAGACAGGAGUCGGUCCCUCUCCCGGCUGUUAAGAUGAACCUCGACAAAGGGAUGCUCGACUUUAAUGGAGACAGGGUCAAACUCACCGACUGGCCACCCAUCCUCAGCUCCAUCUGCAUCAACAAGCACAUUCACCACAUUGCAAUAAGCAGCACACACCAAGCUACUCUGUCAUUUGGAGACACAGUUUCAGAUAGAAGGUACUAUAAGUCUAUCUUCCGGAAGAGGAUCCCAGCCAUUCGCUCUAAGGACAUGACAUUUAAGUUGUGCAAGGCCCUGAGAGAGUGUCUGACGGUCUCCUCCAACCUUAAGACCCUGCAGCUCAAUGGACUUCCACUAAGAGAACGGGACCUCAUCACCUUAACAAAGGGUUUUUCAAAAAGUGUUUCCUUGGAAAACCUAUCUCUUGCUAACUGUCCAAUCUCUGAUGAGGGCUUAGAGGUCAUCUGCCAAAGUGUGAAGUAUUCCAAGAGCAUCAGGACAGUCGAUUUCACAGGAUGCAAUCUUACAUGGAGAGGGGCAGAGCAUAUGGCCAACAUCAUCAAGCACCAGGGAAUGCAGAGGCAUGGUACUGCAUGGGCCGAGUCUCUGCGGUAUCGGAAGCCACAGUUUGAGGGAAUGGGGGGUCUCCGCCGUGUCACCCUGAACUGUAACACAUUGAUCGGGGACCGCGGUGCCGCUGCUCUUGCACAUGAAAUGGCGGAGGACCUGUGGGUUAAAGCGUUGGACCUGCAGAGGUGCGGUCUGUCCAACGAAGGAGCUCGUCGUCUGCUGGAGGCCAUGAAAACUAAUACUGCUCUUUGUGUACUGGAUGUUCGGAGUAACCCUUUAAUUGACAAUGUCCUAAUCAAAACUAUUCUAGAGAAAGUUCUGAUGAAUGCUAACGGACAGUCAGAGUACCACUGGAUCAAGCCUGCUGCCUCAGAAUCACAGAGAACUUCUGCUCCAAAGAGACGAGCACUACCUGGCACAGUCAAAGGAAAAACUGCUUUUAGGAUGGUCAUCUGGAGACAUGCCGCAGCAGGACGGAGCUCAGGCGAUGCUCAGACCCAGCAGCCCCAUUCCGGCUCCGGUUAUGUGCCCUGGCGUGCUGCUGCGCGAGCUGGACGCCAGAGAGGUAUGUCUCCGGGGGUUCGUGUGAUGGAUCAGAGCUUUCAGGGUGCAGCUACCGUCAAGGUUACCGUGGAGUCAGAUUCAGAGGGUCGGGAGGGUGAGGAAGACGACCAGGUGUCAGUGGAGGUGGAGCAGGGACCACCCCCUUCCCUUGGCCUCCCGGACAGGAUCACCGGGCGGAAGAUUGAACAUGUGCAGAUGGAGCUAAAAGAGUGUCGUCUGAGGCUGGCAGAGGAGCGCAGAGCCCGGCUGAAGGCUGAGUCACGACUCAUUGAGUAUGAGUUGGAGAACGCCCGUCUUCGUGACAACAACCUCUCCCUGUCGGAGGCGCUCGCAGCCACCGCCUCAGCAUCAGCACCGCCCGCUGUCGGCGCUCUUGAAGACGAAGCACUCCUCGAGAGCAUUGAGAGCUCAUUUACUAAGUUCCAUGCUUUCCUGGAUCUCCUCAAGGAUGCUGGCCUCGGUCAGCUAGCUUCAAUGGCUGGAAUCGACAGGUCCGAUUUCCACCCGCCUCCUGGCAGACCUCAGCUCUCUUCCACAGUGGGACCAUAUUUGGACGGUGCGGCGCCACUGCCCGGCGGCGAGCGUCACGGUGGUCAGGGGAAGACUGCUGCGUCAUCCUCAGUAGUCGGCGUCCCGCCUGCUCCCCCAGCCGCACCGGCUGACACCGCCACUGCCAGACCCACAUCCUCCAUCAGGGAGUUUUUACGCGAAGACCGGCUUCCAGAUCUGACCGUCAUUCAGGCCUCUGCAGGCCGCGGCGUCGGUGGGGAAGAGGAACCCGAUAAAUAUUCAAAGCUGGAUAUCCAGCGCGACUCGAACUCUGAGCGCAGCUUCCGUAGCCAGAAAUCCUUCAAUGUGAUUCCCUUCAGUAAAGCUAUUCCGACUCAGUCCAGCCUUCCCAAGAGCAACCGCGGCAGCUCACACCGAAGCAACAGCUACAACAGCAGCUACAACAGCAGCUACGCUCACGGCCAUUCCUCCCACAGCAGCGGGUCUCACGGGGGAUUCUCCGUGAGAUCAAGUGUUAGUGACAUUACGAAUGACAAGGCAGAGUCUGCGGGGGCGGCAGGGUCAAGGACCAGGGGAAAGGGAAGGCCGGUGACCGUCGGUCAGGGGGAGACCGAGGGAAACGCCCUCUCUGGGAGGGAGAUCAGGUCUCUGGGAAGGCAGUCGGAUGAUGAGUCUUUCUGACUCAACAACCCGAGAAAUAGCAAAAGCCUCUCUGUGAUCUCAGUGGCUUUUUUUUCUUUUUGAAGCAUUGCUUCAUUUAGAAAAUCUUUGGGACAAGAAGUCGUAGCAUUAAAAGUCAUUUUAAAUAACUCGGUGUAUCGAAGCCAAAGCACAGAUCAAUUUGAAUGUGAUGCUAUGUAUAUUUUUGUAGUAGUUGUAGAGUAUUUAUUACAGUUUGGCAGAUGUUCUUUGUACUUGGGCGUGUGUAAAAUACCUUUUUGAUUCAGUUAAGUGUGAUAGGUAUUUUUAAGCUAAUCCCACCACCUAUCAACCAUAAGAUUCCUCCAAUCGGAUCCUGUUCCCUCAAUCUUCCAUCGAAAAUAAUCCUGGUAACUUUUAAAAGUAAAAAACUCUUUAGGGAUUCCUUUGAUGUCUGCAAUAUUUUUUAAAGAGUUUUUUGAUAAAUGUGUAAAAGGUUUUGGAUGAUAUUUGAGUCAGUUAUUCUACCUUUGUUUAAUGUCUAAAUAAACACAUCAAGCAAUGCACCAUCUGCACCGGUGGAUGCAGCAAUUAUUCUAUUUUUCAUCAUGUAGAGGAUGAACAUGAACAUCCUCAGUCCUGUCACACAGAAAGGCCUCACGAAAACUGAAACAUCCAAAUAUUUCAGGAAGACAAACGGGCUACUUCACUGCUAAACUCCUAAAUGGGCCAACGAGAGAUAUUUCUCAAGGUCAACAACGUCUGCACCGGGAAAUAAUACAGAAAAACUUUUGCCUGCGAGUUACAUGUGUCUGACUGCGUCAAGAGUUCUGGUGGCGCCGGAUAAUCAGUGCAUUGAGGCGCAUGGGCCCCGGUCAAACAGCAGCCAAUAUUUGAAUGGGACAGGUCACUCGCAUGUGAAACCUUGUGUUUGUCGCACAUACAAUCGAGUGAUGAGCUACUGGAGAAAGAAAGAAAAAGGACAGAUGCAGCGACUUUAAUCGAAUGCUGCAACCAACAAUUGCUGAGUACAGAAUGGCAGCCAUCAUCUUGAAAACAAAUACAUCACUAGACUUUUCAAAGAAUUGUCCCAGCACCACACAGCUGCUAUUUGUAUUUAUUUCAAGGCCGUUCUCACAUUUCAUCGCCCUGUGAAAUGUGAAAAUAAACAAGACGGCCUUUUUAUUGAUACGGGUAAAAUGCA